AUGGCGCCCGUGUCCGAAGGUUCCGAAGAUGCGGACGGGCUGUACGUUCGAACGAGCAGGGUUUGGCACGGAGCCCCUGUCUUUGAGAACGACCGCAGAUGCAUGCUCUCCCGUGAGCCUCAUAAGAGCCAGAGGACAGGUGAGACUUCCUAUGGUUGGAUCAUCGGGCAGGACCGAAAGCCACUCUAUGCGGUUCAGUCGGAAGCCUUGCAGCCACCAACGGAAGGUUGGAGGAAGUUCACCGGCCUGCUUCCCAUUCCGCGCAUUCAGAACUCUGACUCGCUAGAGACUGCUGCGGAGAUGGCAGCUUUCGCAAUGAAAGAACAGGGCAAUGCACUGUUCACCGGGCGUUCCUACAAGGAUGCAGCUGCCAAGUGGUCCCGAGCGCUUGGGAUCUUGGCCGGGGUAAACAGAGAUGCAGCCCUGUCUGGCACAAUGCUGCAAUUGUCAGUGACUCUGUAUGCGAACAGGGCAGAGGCAAAGCUUCGACAAGAACUCUGGGAUGACGCGCUGACAGAUUGUGAGGCAGCCUUAGAGCAAAAACCAACGCACGACAAGGCCUUACUUCGUGCAGCGUUAGCCUUGAAGAGCUUGCGAAGACACAGGGAGGCAAAGGAAAUGGUCCUGCGGUGUCUGGAGGUCGACCCGAGAAGCCAAGAGGCGAAAGGCUUCUUGCGCGAUCUGGACCAGCUGAUGGAAGGAGAACAGCACCAGAUUCCUGCUAGAGCCAGGUCCGCAAAAGAAAAGCUGCGAGAAACCGCGCAGAAAGGUGAUGCAGACUUGAGUACCAUCCCACGGGCUUUCGACACGAAGGACGUGAACAACAAGAAAGGCUUUGCUGCCUUUGAAGGCUAUAGCAAGCUCCGCCAGAAGGAGGAGCAGGUACCCAUCACCGAGCUGCCCUACCACAAAAUGGGCUUGCCAGAUGCGCAGGUAGAACUGAUGGACACAUUCUUCCGAGAGGUUCGCGCCAACAAGAAGCAGCAAAUGAUGCACCAGAACAGAGAAACAACAAACUAUGAGCUUGUGAAGAACGAGUACCGUGAGCGGGUGUUAGAGGAUCGAGCUCUCGGGCGCCAGGAUCCGAUCGACCUGCAAGUCCGGGAGAGUAAGAAGGAAACAAGGGACGAAGACCUUUUGCCGUCUCUGGUUGUCAAGAAGAAAUCCCCGGACCUGGCUGUGGACAGGGUAGGUUUGUCAGUUGCAGAUAAGGCAGAGAUUGACGAUCUCUUCAACAGCUUUGGGCCGAAGAAGUCUGCAGAUCGUAGGUCAAGACUGGAAAAGCAGCUUGAUGCGGAAGAGGAGGCCGAAAGAGAACUUCGCGAGAAACAGGCCUGUGAAGAGCUCCGUCGCCUCCAAGCCAGCAGGAAGGGCGAGCCAACUCGCUUUGAGCAGGCCGGAGGUGAAGUCUACUGCUGGUGGACGUUGCCCUCUGGGAUUUCGAGCAAAGAUGUCACGAUUCAGACAUCGCGAGCCGGUGCUCACUUGCUUGUGGAGAUCAAAAGCAUCGCCAUUUUUGACCGGGCACUUUUCCAUGUCAUUCGGGGGGACGAUCUUCUUUGGUCUUUGGAUGCCGGGGAGUUGUCCUUGACCCUGACAAAGGCUGAACGAAACAAGCUUUGGGAUCAGCUGGGUGCCGUUGGCGACAUUCAGCUUGAUGCCAGCGGCAAAGUCAUUUCCUCCAGUGUUCCUGAGCCAAUGUCUGCAGAUGACAGGCUUCGGAAGUUCAAGCAGAUGGUAGAAGGUGAUGAUGGGCACGAGGCGCGGUAUGAAGAUCUCGGUGACACGGGCAGGCAGAUUGUCGAUGCGAUGAGGCGCUAUGAGCAUGCUCGCGCCACGGGAGAUAACAAUGCCUUGUCUUUAGCUGAGCACGACCUUGAGGAGCUGGGACAUGAUAUUCAACUGCUAGAGCGCUUGGUCGCAGCUGGCCAUAUCAGUGCAGAUAUCGGAUUGCGAGCGGCCCAAAAUCUCCGGCAUGCGUUGAGAGUGCUGAACGAACAGGAGUGCAUCGAAGGUCAGCUUUGGUGGGCCCCCUUGGGUGACCUUCCAACCAACAUACGCAUGCUUCUACAAGAUGGGCUUUACGACCGCAUUGCAACGGUUUGCCAAGCUGGCGAACGAAGCGUUUGGAAGGAUGAGGACCCCUUGAACCCAGAGAUAGCCUGGGAUGCUGUGGAGCAGGACUUCCUGAACACUGGUCUCAUCAUUGUUGAUGACUUCUUCCGCCUUGAUGCGCUUCAGGAGUUGUGGAGGUACUGCUUGGAGGCAACUUGUUUUCGAUCCCUCCGCCCUGGCUAUUUGGGCGCAUUUCCAUGGGAUGGAUGUGUUCAUCCCCUGCUGCGUUGUGCCGCUGAAACGCUGGAGGAGCGGAUGCCUAGAGCUUUGCGUCGCCGACCACUUGCAAGGUGGUGGCUCUUCAAGUACGUGGAGUUGGGGAGAAGUUCUGGCAUUGGAGUGCAUGCUGACGAGGCUGCUGUCAACGUGAACAUUUGGCUAACUCCAAUGGAGGCACGUGGACAAGGCGGUGGCCUGGAGAUCUACAAGCAUGUUCCGAGGAAAGGCACAUGGACUGCCGAUUUCAACCGUGUGCGCGAGGACUCAGGUGAAGAGGAAUGCUUCCGCGAUGCCUGCGUCUUACUGUUAGCUGGGCUGCUGCAUGUGCUGUGGCGUGGCGACUUGACAUUCAGUUUUGCUCAUGGCAUGGGCAAGAGUGUACACAAAACUUGCUCAGGCUUUGAAGAGGGGAUGGACUUUCUGACCAGCAAGCCUGACAGUCAUGUACUUGCCUUCCUGGACAUCAUCCAAGGUGGAGUCAAUGUCAACGGAGUCAAGAACAUCCAGAAGAGCAGUCCCAAUGCGAAGCAGACGCGCAUGGACACGAAAAUCCAAGAGCUGAGCUCGAUCAUCAAGGAUCGAAAGAACAACUUGCGCCGUUUAGAGGCGCAGCGCAAUGAGUUGAAUAGCAAGGUCCGCCAGCUCCGUGAGGAGCUGCAGCUGCUGCUGGAGCCGGCCUCGAACUGCGGGGAAGUCAUCAAAGCCAUGGGCACGAAGAAAGUGCUCGUGAAGGUGGGCCAGGAAGGGAAGUAUGUAGUGGACAUCGACAAGGACAUCAAAAUUGAGGACUGCAAAGCAAACACCAGAAUUGCCCUCACGAGUGACAGCUAUGUCUUGCACAAGAUCCUUCCCAGCAAGGUGGAUCCUCUUGUGCAGCUCAUGAAAGUAGAAAAGACGCCGGACAGCACCUACGAAAUGAUUGGUGGGGUGGACAAGCAGAUCAAGGAGAUCAAGGAGGUCAUCGAGCUUCCGAUCAAACACCCUGAAAUCUUUGAGUCCCUAGGCAUCUCGCAACCAAAGGGAGUGCUGCUUUACGGCCCUCCCGGCACGGGCAAGACCCUGCUUGCGCGUGCUGUUGCCCACCACACCAACUGUUGCUUCAUCCGCGUUUCGGGCGGCGAGCUAGUGCAGAAGUACAUCGGUGAAGGUAGCCGUAUGGUGCGUGAGCUCUUCGUUAUGGCUCGUGAGCACGCGCCCACAAUCAUCUUCAUGGACGAGGUUGACUCCAUCGGAUCAUCUCGAGUCGAGGGUGAAUCGGGGGGCGAUUCAGAAGUUCAGCGUACGAUGCUCGAGCUGCUGAAUCAAUUAGAUGGUUUUGAGGCUACGACCAACAUCAAGGUCAUCAUGGCCACUAACCGGAUUGACAUUCUUGAUGAUGCUCUUCUCCGACCUGGCCGCAUUGAUCGCAAGGUAGAGUUUCCAAAUCCCAAUGAGGAAGCCCGCCAAGAGAUCUUGAAGAUCCACUCCAGGAAGAUGAACCUCAUGCGUGGCAUUGACCUAAAGAAGAUUGCAACCGGCAUGAAUGGAGCCAGCGGGGCAGAGAGCAAGGCAGUCUGCACAGAGGCUGGGAUGUUUGCCUUGCGGGAACGGCGGCAGCACGUGACGCAGGAAGACUUUGAGAUGGCUGUCUCGAAGGUCAUGAAGAAAGAUUCGGACAAGAAUAUGAGCUUGAUGCAGUUGAUGAGGUAG